CCAUUCAAAUCCAACAUUCAGAGUGUUCGGAUCUCAGCUCAGAACAAAAAAUAUAAAUAAAUUUAUAAAAGUAAUAUAUAUUUUCUAAGUCUACAAGCUCGGAGAUGCCUUUCCACGGAAGCAUAAACUCCGGAGCCGGCGGAGAUCUGAGCAGGGAGAAGGAGUUCUCGGAUCACAACAUGGAGGAGGUGACCGAGGGCAUCUCUCCGUUUAACGCCUGCCGCAAGCCCCGGCCGGAUGCGGAUUCCCUAUCCGUGCGCCAGUAUCUGGACCAGACCGUGGCGCCCAUCCUCCUCCAUGGCCUCCAGGCACUGGCCCAAGAUCGUCCCAGCGAUCCGGUGAGCUACCUGGCCACGUAUCUGCUGAAGAACAAGAACCGCUGCGAUGAGGUCAAUCCGGCAGACACAUAAUCCUGUUACUACGUUUAUUUCUGUCAACAACUGAUUUACGCUGAUUUGUUACCUGAUUCUUGUACACCCCGAUAGGUUUUCGAUUGUUUAAUUAAAACAAAUGUUUGUGCUGGCACUUUAAAAAACUUA